AUGGCCGAUACCGAUGUCCAGAGCAACGAUGUAGACAACUUGAAGGCAGCGGGAGAAGAUGGAGGAGCUACAGAUGGCAGCCCUAAAGAUAAUUCUAAAGAAACGAAAGACACCAAACCUCGUCCACCACCAGUUGAUAUCGCAGCAGCACAAAAUGCGGGUCAGGAUGGGGGCAUUAAAACGCCCACAGCCCAAACCCCCAAACUACACCCCGGCCCUUCCCGUUAUGACACCUUUCGGGACAAGGAGAAGAAGAUUGGCCACAGAAGAGUUGGAGAAGGUGGUGUGGUCACAUACAAGAAGAUUGGGACUUCCCAGUUGAUGGGGUCUAUUCAGCUGGGGAUCCAGCAGGCGGUGGGGAGCUUGGCGGGUAAACCUGAUCUAGAUGUUUUAAUUCAAGACUUUUAUGUGGUAUCAUUGUGCACGGAGCCUCUGCGAGAACUUAGCAACCCUGGGGCGAGUGGCAGCAUCUUUUACCUCACCAAUGAUGACGAGUUCAUCAUCAAGACUGUGCAGCACAAGGAAGCCGACUUCCUCCAAAAGUUGUUGCCAGGAUACUAUAUGAAUCUGAACCAGAAUCCUAGAACGUUAUUACCAAAGUUUUUCGGCUUAUAUAAUUAUCAGUGUAAUGCCAAGAAUAUUAGGUUAAUAACUAUGAACAAUUUGCUGCCGUCAUCAAUAAAGAUGCACCAGAGGUACGAUCUGAAGGGCUCCACCUACAAGAGGAAGGCGAGUAAGUACGAGCGUAGCAAAGACUCACCCACGUUUAAGGAUCUAGACUUUAUGGAACAUCAUCCUGAUGGCAUCCUUUUGGAGGCUGAAACCUACAAGGCUCUCAUCAACACUAUUGCCAGGGAUUGUAGGGUAUUAACAUCAUUCAAGAUCAUGGAUUACUCUUUGUUGGUGGGCAUUCACAAUUUAGACCAGGCAGCAAAGAAGAAAGCACAAGAAAAAGAGAGAAGGUUAAAUGGUGGUGACGGAGGUACAGCGGAAGAUGGGAGUGGAGAAGGUGCUGAAGGGUCCAGUCUUACCCGCUCACGAUCCAUCAACAGACACAAGCUAGUGGCUCACUCAACAGCCAUGGAAUCUAUACAGGCAGAUUCCGAUCCUAUAGAUGAGGAAGAUCAAGUCCCGCCUGGAGGUAUUCCUGCAAGGAAUGCAAAAGGAGAGCGUUUAUUACUCUUCUUGGGAAUCAUUGAUAUUCUUCAAAGUUUUCGUUUAAAGAAAAAACUUGAACACACAUUCAAGUCAAUGAUCCAUGAUGGGGAUACUAUAUCAGUUCAUCGACCAACCUUCUAUGCUCAGAGGUUCUUAAAGUUCAUGGAACACACUGUCUUCAAGAGAAUCCCAUCACUGGACCUUCCAGAAAUCAAAGGCGGCCACCGCAAAUUCCGAAAUCUGGUCUCCAGCUACAUAGCAUUUCAGAGUAACACAUCUACAGUUACCCCAUCUUUAUCUUUGAGACACUCGCCAUCACGGCGGAGAGGCACAUCCCUUCGUAUGUUGCGGCCCAUGUCCCAGACUGACCCUGAGCAUUCAGCUGAAGGGCAUGACAGUCAAGAAGGAUCAUCUGUUCGCAGUAAGAGAAGUGCGAGCGUUCGAAGCAGAAGGUCAGGUGGAAGAUUGCCAGGUGGCAGUGUUAGUGCUGAGGACCGGCCCGGUGAGAGUGGUGAGGUGGCUAUCUCCUUAUCCAUGGCUACAGGAGGCUCGGGAGCCACAACCACGGUCACCAGCACUCCGUCUGCAGUAGCUGGGGCAGCCUCGGGUAGUGUGUCUGGAGCAGUAACAGCAGGAGGGGGAGGCUCUGCUGCUGCAUCUGCCUUAGGAUCAGGCACACCCUCCACGCCGAUCAACCUUCCGGCCGUGCUUCAAGACCGACCUCACUCUGGCCGUGGUCGUGUGCCUCCGCCGGUGCCUCCGCGCUCACCUCGGGGUGGAACUACCCAGACCACCUCUACCUCCUCUUCAUUCUCACUUGCUCGAGGUAGUGGCCGCGGUGUAGUUACUGUGAGUGGUGGAGGGAGUUCAGCAGGCCAUCCACCUUUAAGCUCCACUCCUCCACCUCCAUGGGAUGCUGCUUCUGGGGCAACGGGCAGUAUGAUGGUCAGCACUUCAUCUCCGCGGGUUCAAGUACGGUCAUCGCACACACACGUCACCACAGUUGCAAUCCAAGAAGAUCGAACUGAUGUUGUCAGAAAGGGUCAAAAGUUGCGCUUUAAGGGCCUUGCAGAGGACCCCCAAAGUGUCACUGAACCCGUGCUUGUUAGCUAUAAGGAGAUAAAAUCCACCGCUGUAAGCGUGAGUGACGUGCACCUGGAGCCUCGGACAGACUCGCGAUCAACGCUGAGUGUGGACUCUAGCGUGGGGUCAACACCAAUGGUCCGUACCCUCACCUGGACUCCCCCGCUCUCAGUAGAGGGUAGUACCCCUACCUGGACCGAGGGAACCCCCAGCUUUACCGAGUCCUCCUCUAGUGGAGAUUUAGGGUGUCCCACUACUCCAGUACGCAGUCUUAACACUACUCAAGAGUCAACCGACAACAUCAACUUCCAUGAAACGGAGAUGAAGCGACUGCACAAGCGCCAGAGUUCGUAUACCCACUUCACCCUGACCAUGGAAGUGCAUGACGAGUCACUGGAGUAUGUGUGAGGUACAAACAUCUCAUGGAUGUCGAACACACAUGGAAGGGCUCAAUUAUUGUCUCAAUAAGAUAGCAUAAUCAGUAGAUGGAGAGCAGAAUAUGAAGUGUUCAAUCACAUGACAAAUCAACUCGUUAAGGCCUCUUGUGUACUUGUUAUAAAGGCCAGAAAUGAGUUGAGCUCUCAUAUCCCAUCACAGUUUACUUGUGGUUUUAAUCUGUUGGUUGCUUAUCUUUAUAUUAUGUAGUUGCUGUUUCUUCGAUCACUGAGGCUACAUUAUAGAGGCUAACAUAUUCAUCCUUUACUCUUCCUCAUUUUUUAUUAUUUAUUUAUUUACCAUAUUGGUAAUGUUAAAUUCAGUCCUUAACUAGAGAUAUUGUAGUCACAUAUGCAAUCAUAAUUAUAGUAACAUUAAAUUUUAGCUAUGCAAAGUACAGUACAAGUAAACAUAGUAAGAAUAUAGUUUAAUAAUUUCUUAUACAUUUUAAACACAGAGUUGCCAAAAUACCUUCUUUUUUAUUUUCUUUCUUUUUUGUUAAACACAAUCAGUAUUUGUUUGAGAGUAUCUGCUUAGAGCACUUUAGUAAAGUGUAGAUAGAGUUUCUUUAAUAGCCCUAAUAGCACCUUACAGGGAUACAAUUCAUAAUCACACUGAGUGCCUUCAGCUCAAAUCUCUGGUGAUUCGUCUUGCACUUCACACUGGUCACUGCGUGUUGUGUGUACGCAUGCCUGUUUGUCCAACUGCGCCACCUACCCAACUGUGUGUGCACAUGCAUGUCCAUCAACCUGACUCGCCUCCCCGUCUUUGUGCUCCUGCCUACUCAGCUUUGUGUGUGCAAGAUUGUCAUGUGCAUAGCUAGCCAACGCAUUGUUGUGAUGGAGUUUUUGCUAUUAUUUUACGAUUAUGCAAAUGUUGUUAAAGGCUUUGCUAGGACACUAAGUUUAAGUCUUUGAUGAGGGGUUAUCUGUGCACCUCCCCUGAGCCCACUUGUUGGGUUAUGUAUAAAUACAUAAAAUCACUGAGUAGAUAUGGUUGUUGUUCUUUGAGACAGUCUCAAGAAAAUUAUAGGAACUAAAAUUUUUAAUAUUUUAUUAGUGGUUAUAAGGGGAAAGAAGAACUAUACUAUAUCUGAAAAUCUGGAUGAAGGUUGUUUUGUUAUUACAGUAUUACAGGUGUAUUGUUAUUAUUAUUAAUGGCAAGAUUGGAAAAAAUUAAGUUUAGAUUGUGAAAAAUCUGGUUUACUGGGUACAGUAUGUGUUUUUUCUGAAAGAAGGUAUUUGUACUUGAAUCAGUUUUGCAUUUUACUAUUUUACUAAAUUUAUCAUCCUUAUGGUGAUGGUCUCAAAGAACAACAAAUCAUUGGCAAUGCAAAGUAUUUUUUCUUAUCUUGAUCACAGUAUGCCGUACCAUCCUUUAUUGUGUUAUGUUUACCUUUACAUUAGUCCUAAAUUAUGAAGUCAACCAACAUUAAACCUCAUCAGGAAAAGUGACAUGAAUAUUGUGAGUCCUUAUAUCUCUUGUCAUAUUGAGUGUGUUAUGGGAUCGUCUAAGUGAAUUUGCCCAAACACUUUAAUACCUCUUACAUUUACAUGAUCUCAGUAAAUCAGGAACUCUAGUGUGACUUGUGUUUAUGGAUGGCUGGGUUCAAGGGCAUCAAAUGAACAUUGAAUUGUAGAAGUUGAAAAUUUUGUGAUAAGACUACUUUUUAGCCAAACUCAGACCCUAGAAAGUAAAAUGUAGGUUACUUUAAUGAGUGGAACAACAGGCAACAUGUAGGUUUGUGGGAGGUGCACAUUGACUCUUGUAUUAUAUGGCCUUGUCUUUAUUUGUGCUUAAAGCUGUGUGUUUUUAUAUAACUGUGUCUAUAGUUUGCAUUUGCUGUUGUGUAAAAGUUUUUAUUAUAUUUUAUGGAAACUUUAAUGACUGUUAUUGCUAAAUAUUGUCUUAAUAUUCUUGUAUGAUCAAUAUUUUUUCUUUCUAGAACCAUGGUACAGUAUCUGUAUCUGAAAUAUAAAAAUAGGCAAUUAUGUUCAUUAGAUAACUUUUGUAGGCAUGUAGGUAACGUGUCAGUUUGAAUAAGCAGGACACUCCCCGGAUGAUUACCAUGUCAUCUGUAUAUUGUGGAAAGUGACCACAGCAUACAAUUUUUUAAGAAAAUUUAAAAUUGCGAAGAUCUUUUGGGAUUAUGCAAAGGGUAGGAGGAUAUGACUAGUGGGUGGUUCAUUUGGAAUGUAGUUAGAUAACUGUAUUUAACUUUGCCAUUAUCUAACAAUCUUGUGAAACUUGUAGGAUUGGGGAAUUAUAUAUACUGUAUAUGCUCAAUUAUCCACAGAUGUUGGAAAUAGACCUUUUGCAUGUCAUCAGUUUUUUAUGGAUAAGUAACACCAUGUAGUGCUCAACUAGAAACACAAAAAAACCUGAAUUCAACACACACACACACACACACACACACACACACACACACACACACACACACACACAUACAUACAUAUUAAUAACCCACAUUACUUAACCUUGAAAAUAUUCCAUCACCCCCACAGUAAAAUUAUCAUCAUUCCACUCUGCAUCAUUCAAAGUAUUUUAUUUGCAACAUAAUUCACAGGAAGGACAUUUAUGUUUCUCAACCCAGUCAAUUAAUAGAUGCCAAAGCUUACAAAUUACACACAAGAUGGUGAUGAUGUGUUUUUUCUGUUUAAAUCUCGGUGUUAAAACCGCUGUCAUAGAAAUACUCAGGAACGGUAAUUUUUCUCCCAAAAGUGAAAGAAAUAUGCUGUAAAGAUGUUACUGUAUAGUGAUACUUAAAGAAAUAAAAACAUCAUGGUGACACUUAAA